AUGGCUUCAACAUCAGUGGUCAAGCUGCUCCUCCUCAUAGCACUUAUUGCCACCUCGUGCAUGGCGCAAGCCCCGUCAGGUGCACCAACACUCUCUCCCACCGCCACACCGGUGGCGGCGCCGCCCAUCCAAACGCCAUCUCCUUCCCCAGGACCGGCAGUCGCAUCCCCCACCGGCGGAGGAGAGGCAACCCCCUCCCCCGUACCAAGCGCUGCGUCGCCAAACUCGCCUUCCCCCGCCGCCGUUACGCCCGGUCCCGCCGCUGAUCAGACCCCAGCUGGCGACGGUUCUAAUGACGGUUACGUGAGCAGGGCUGCGGUCGGCGGCACCGCUCUCGCGGCAGCUCUUGUCGCGGUGGCCAUGUUGUAG